GAUUGAUCGGACACGUUGAGGCAUUGGUCUGGUCUAUUCAAUGUAAACGGUUGUAUAUCUGGUGAAUAUGUGUUAAACCGUAAGCUAUAACAGAUGUAAUGGAAGUUGAUUGUUGAACAGAUCUGACCAACCAUGUUGGAGCUGGACGAGAAUGCCUGGGGGCACAUGCACCAGGCGGCUUAUAGAGGUUUUCUUAAAUCAUUGAAAAGAUUCGUGGAGGAAGAUAGUUCUGCUUUGGAAUCGGAAACCAACGAUGACUUACGGGCUACGCCUUUCCUUUUAGCCGUUGCUAGUGGCAAUCUUGAAACUGUCGAGUGUCUUCUAGAACUUGGCGCUAAGAUCGAAGCUAUAAAUAAUCAAAAUCAUGGCGCGGUGGAGAUAUGCGCUCUAAAAGGAUACACUGAGUUAUUAGUAUAUUUUUUAAAUAAAGAAGACGAAAAAUUACCCGUGUGGAAGAAGCUUAUACAAUUUCUUGGUUCUGAUUUGGAGGAGGAGGCCGAGGCAUGUGGCAAAUCUCUCCAACAGUUAACUGAUCCUUCCGGUAGCCAUUACAAAAAGCAUCGUGAACAACUUUACAAUAAUGGCGUCGUUCCAGCCAUUAUUAAAAUGGUGGGAUCCACGAUAGCAGAUCAUGUCAAGGGACCAACCAUUACGUGUCUUAUCAAUAUCUUAGAAUCAGACGACGUACAGGAUCAGUUCGUAAACAGCGGAGGAAUACAAACAUUUGUUAAACAGUUAAAAUCCACGAAUGAAACAGUAGUACGACUAGUCGCCAUGGUACUGGAAAAGCUCACAGCAAAACACACCGACUUGGUGGUCAAGCAUCAAGCAGUGCCCGUUCUUCACAAAGUCAUUCAAACAAUUAAAACCACUGAAGUUCUAGUACCCGUGUUAAAAACAUUAUCAAAUAUCGCCAAAGGAAACCCUGUUAAUCAAAAAUCAAUCGGAACUACACCGGGAUUUUUCGAUCAUCUCGUGCAGCUAGCGAGAGACAACACAGAUGCGCCAUUAUUGGUGGGUCUGACAGAAGCAGUUGAUAAUAUUGUUCGGGAUGAACGAAGUAAUCAGAAUGCAUUUAUCGGCGUCGAUGGCACUGAAAUUCUGAUGGAAGCUUUAGUACGCCAUGCCCGAAGUAAAGAUGUACUGUUGAACACUGUAAGCGCUAUACAUUCUCUAGCUGAGAAUAAUUUAGCUGCGCAGGACCACCUGUCUGACCAAGGUGUACAGAAACAGCUCAUGAAUAUGUUGAAGAAAAGUCGAGCUGAUGAAUUACAAGAAAAGACCGGUAUGGCUCUCUGGGCAUUGGCAGGUGAUGACGUGGACAAACAAAGAAAAAUGGCGGAAGGAAUUGGUGUGACCAAUCUGAUAGAAUUUCUCAACUCACAAAGAGAGAAUCUUCAUUACAUCAGUUCAGAAGGACUAUCUGUUCUGUCACAGGGACCGUUGAGUCAGUACGACGAAAUAAGAAAGGCGAACGGAAUUCAGCCGUUGAUACGCUUAUUAAAUUCGGACAAGGACUUUGACCAUAUUAUACUCAGUGUUGUUCGAACGUUACGAUAUUUAAGUGUUGGUAUAGGUAACGUACCUUUCCAAGCGAAUCAAGAAGCCAUAGAUAAAUAUGGCGGCAUAGCAAAGCUCUUACAGUUAAUGGUUUAUGGUAAAGACGAGAUGAUUAAAGUUGAAGCAGCCUUGACGUUAGGCCAUGUAGCCCUGGGACGAGACAAUAUAUUAAAUAAAAUCCACGCUACCAAUGAUUUUAGUUAUAUACGUAUUUUAAAGAUGAUGUAUGCCAAGGAGGAUAUGGUUCGAUUAUUAGCUGGUUCAGCAUUAGCAACAUUUGCUUAUAAUAAUAUCAGUCAACAGAAAGAGAUAUCGGAGCAAGGGGGUGUCAGGUUUAACUGUUUUGUACCAUUUUUAAGAUCUACAGAUGAAUUUUAUCGUUGUAAUGCAGCGUUUCAGGUCGUGAUAUUAUCAUUAAUUAUACCUGAUGAAGAACAAGCUACGUCAUCUGCUGUAGGUAUAAAACUACUGGUGGAGCUGUUACAAGAAUCAAAGUCUGAUCAUAUCCUAGCAUUAGCAGCUGAUUGUAUAGCAAGACUAGCACACACCAGAGCUGGUGUACCAGCGGCUAUAAUAGCUAUAAAAGGUGUAGAUUAUUUGUUUGAUCUGUUAGAUUCAGCUUCUGUAUUAGUUGAAGGUUGUGCUUCUAUAGCAUUAUCUUAUUUAUCGUACAAUCAUACAGGUGAAAGGCGGCUUUUAUACAGAUGUCGAAGUGAUCCAUACUUGAAGAAAGUUUUAAACAAAUAUACCAAAAAAAAUCACCGUCUAUCCGAGGCUUUUAUUGAGGGAUGGAAACACUCAAAACGUGUCGGUUUACCACCUAUACCAGAUGACCGAAUAAAACGAGUUGAAAUUAACGACGAUAUUCCUUUAGCAGAUUCCCCUAACGACACGAGCGGUGUAGACUCUUCUACUACUCAUAUAGAUGAAACGCCAUUGACCGACAGAUCGGCUAGAUCCUCUCGUACAGCAUACAGAUCCAGUACCUUUCACGAUAGUCAAUCUUCACUUCCUACAACUUCUAGAACACACAGCAGUAUAUCCCAACAAGAUAUGGUUGCUCAAGAAAGUUGACGUUCGCAAACAGAAGAGAAAAACAUAAGGGUGAUAAAUCUAAUCUAAUGGUUUGAUUGGGUCGACAGACUUUCAUAAAUUCCAGGGGCGGGCGGGUAUUUUUGGAAAUUGCUGUAUCCUAGAGUCAUUUUCUAGUAUAUAUGCAGUCUUGAGUCGACGUCUUCUUUCACCCCUCAACUGAUCCGCAGUAAAUAUUCGCAAGGCCAACAAAAACGUUGAGAACUAUAGCCUGUAAUACAAAAAACUCUUACAGAUUAUAUGUAAAAUAAUGCCAAAGGCGACAAUUAAAAGAGUUAUUCUGAGAAUAAUCUAAUCAUCAAGACGAAUACCGGCAAAGUCCAGCAUUUUAUAUUUAAAACAGGUAGGCAUGCGUGCAAGGAUCGUGUUUCGUGCCAUUAUUAAAUUCUUAUUUCAUCUCUAAUCGAAGUAAUAGAACCGUUCGACACAAACUAGAUCAUUUCGGGACUAACAUAGGUUUCAAUUUAUUUCAAUAUUUCGCUUGCGCCUAAUAGUCUUUAGCAGUGGGAGGAAAUCGACGAACCCGGUGAAUACCCGGGAGGUUGGACAUGUGGUUCUACCCCCGGUCACUUACUACCUGGGAAUCGAAACCUCUCCAAUGGACUCAAUGACAGACCUUAUGAUUUAAAGUGCAGACGAGAGAGAGAGAGAGAGAGAGUUUAACGUCCACCCGACACAAAUUAGGUAAUUUCGGAACUAACACACGGUUCAAUUUUAUUUCAAUAAUUCGCUUGCGCGUAGGGGUCUUUAGCACUGGGAGGAAACCGGAGGACCCGGGGAAAACGCACGAGGUUGGACAGGUGACCCUACUCCUUAUCACGUACAACCAGGGUUCAAAACCACGCCAGAUGACUCAAUGACAGGACUUAUGAUACAGCGCACACGCGUUAGAUCAUUCGACCAAACAAACGAGAUGAUAAUAUAUAUUAAGAGAUUUAUUUUUUUCCCACAAUGUUUUUAAUAUCAUUAUCAUCACCAUUUUAUUAUAUACAUUUUAUCAUUCAUAUAUACAUAGUUUUAGAUAACUAUUCUAAUCAAUUUAGUCAUUUAGUAAUUGAACAUUUUAACCAGCAACGUACAAUUUUAUGGAUUCACAUUAGUUGAUCAGCGUUCCGAGGAGGUUAAACGUUGAAGAAGAAGGGAUGGGCUUUAACGUCCACUCGACACAAACUAGGUCAUUUUGGGACUAACAUAUGCUUCAGUUUCAUUUCAAUAAUUCGCUUGCGCGUAGGAAUCUUUUGCAGUGGGCGGAAACCCGAGGACCCGGAGAAAACCCACGAGGUUAGACAGGCGACUCUACUCCUUAUCACGUACAACCGGGAAAUCGAAACCACGCCAGUUGACUCAAUGACAGACCUUAUGAUACAGCGCGCACGUGCUAACCAUUCGGCCACCCAACCCCCCUCGUCAAAACGACACCUUAUAGUAAUAGUUCCAGUAAUUGUAUAUCCAUAAAAUUGUACAUUGUGUAUUAUAAUAAACUCCAAAGAUGCUUGCAUUAAUUUAACCCCGAAUUGUAUUUAUUUUAUUAUAUUAAUCUAAUCAAAAUAAUAUUAUCUAUAAUCUAAUAUACCUCUAUUAAUUUUUGUAUACCAGUAUUCCACAAAUGUUAUUAAUACCAGUAUUUUUGUAUACAAACUAACCUGGAAUUUGUUUGCAUCAAGUUUGUAAAUAAAACUCUACCAUACAUCA